GAAUUAAACAAGGAUGUCCAUGUUUUGCUGUUAUUGCUUGGGUACAACAAUCAUGAACACUCAUAUAAAAUGAAUCGAGUGACAUUGAAUUGAAGAGAAACGGAAUGUUUACAUUUUGUGCAACUAGUGUCGCUAUUUAAAGCAGAAUUACUCUCUCUACUCUUCAUUGUCCUUAGUCUGAAAUACUGAUGUGGACACACUUCGGUGCCCACUGGCUGACGUUUCUGGUCCCUGGAAGUAGGUCCAGAGUGAGAGCUCUUCACUUUCUCGCCUCUCUUUGGUGAAAAUCAUUCCACUACGUCAAGUCGUCCCGUCCGCUCGGUGAAGAUGUCUGCGACGGGUACAGGCGGCUGUGGACCCGGACCCGGACCUACCCCUGGCACCGGGUCCGGGGCUUCAAACCCCCGAAAGUUUAGCGAGAAGAUCGCGCUGCAUACCCAGCGGCAGGCCGAGGAGACGGCCGCCUUCCAGGAGGUUAUGAUGGACAUCACCUCGACCAGGCUUCAGGCUCAGAAGCUCCGUCUUGCCAGGAGUCAGGGUCCUUACUACGGUGGCUCGUUACCCAACGUCAACCAGAUCGGCAGGAACCCUCAGGACUUCCAGGGCUCCUUCCCCUCCAACAUGGAGUCCAACCGGUCGACUCGGCAUCACGGUCUGGUGGAACGAGUCCAGAGGGAACGCCGUUUCAUCUCGCCAGUCCGACCGUACCGCAACCGACAAAUGGAGAGCUCACAGUAUAACUCUGCCUACCUGUCCCCGCCUCCCGACCCCAGCUGGAGAAGGAAUUGGUCUGGAAACUUCCCCGGAGAUAAAAGCCAGUUGUUUCGUCUCCCCACCACUGCACUCAACAGGACCAACUCCGACUCAGCCCUCCACACCAGCGUAAUGAACCCUCCCACAGGAGACCCCUUCACCACAGGAGGACCCACCUUCACCCCCCAGAACACCAGACGCACCGGUCAGAGCGACGGAGACGGCAGAAGAAUGUUUCCGUACCCGGUUCCUCCCAUUGAAGAGAACGUAUUAGAUGAGGGGAAACUGCUCAAACCCUGGGACACCAAGAAGUUGCCUCUGUUGUCGUCCCGACCCAAGUCCUGUGAAGUCCCUGGCAUCAAUGUCUUUACGUCCCCAGAGCAGCCGUCCACGCCGGCUCACGGGGUCCCAUCGGCUCUCAACACCGGCGGCUCGCUGCCCGACCUGUCCAGCCUCCACUUUCCCCCCCCGCUACCCACGCCGCUGGACCAGGAUGAGCCCGGGUACCCAGGAUCCUCGUCUCUGAGUGGGGGGAGCAGCACCGGGAACCUGGCCUCCACCCUUACCCAGCUUGGCAUCAACGCCGCCAAUGCAACAGGAGGCAACAGCAACUUCCAUCACCACACGCCAGGUCUCCUGGCGUCUCUACAGAGCACGCUCAGUAACCCCUCCCUGCAGUCGUCACUAAGCAACCCCAACAUCCAGUCAUCGCUCAGCAGCCACUCCUUUUCCAACUCUCUGAGCUCUGCCUCCCUGCACUCAUCGCUCAGCAACCCCUCGCUGCAGUCGUCCCUCAGCUCCUCCCCCUCCCUGCCGUCCUCCCUCAGCAGCCAAUCGCUGCACUCCUCCCUCAGUAACUCCUCCCUCCAGUCGGGGUCCAGCAGUAACCCCAGCUACAGCAGCGGAGUGGGCAGCUCCGGCUCCUGCUCCUCCUCCUACUCGCCGCUGCUCAGUGGACAGGGCCAGCCGUCGCUCAGCACGUCGCCGCGGAGGCGGGCCCAGCUCUCCCCGCUCAUCCUGCCGAUGGGAGGGGAGUCACGGAGGCAUCACUCGAAACAGUUCUCCCCCACCAUCUCCCCCACCCUGUCCUCCAUCACACAGGGCGUCCCCCUGGACACCAGCAAACUGCCUCUGGAGCAGAGGCUUCCUCCGUACCCGCUCAGCCAGUCCCACCAGCACCAGCCGGGCUCCCACCAGCCUCUCCCCGGUAUGCCCAGCUCCCAGCCCGGCCAGCAGCCGUCUCCGCUGGGUCAACACCACCAUCAACAGCUGCACCGCCUCCAGCAGCAACGGCCCAACGCCCAACAGCAGCAGCAGCAGCAACAGUCACAGUCCAUGCAGCAGCUCCACCUGCAGAACCUACGCAACCAGCACAUGCAGCAGCACUUUGGAACGCAACAGAAGCCGAUGGGACUGCAUGUGAACACGACGAAUACGUCGCUGAUUAAGAACGAGAGUGCGUUGGAUCAGUGCAUCCAGAGCUCCUCGUCCUCUCAGUGUCAGGUCAAACAAGAAGCGGAGCAGCAGGCUGAGCAGCAGAGAGUCGGCGGCCUCCCACAGCUGCAACAGAUCAGCCACAACCUGGCCACAGACCUCUACAGCGAUGCCUUGUUCAACUCUCUGCUGGACGACCCGUACCUGAGUCUGCAGCUCACAGGCAAAUCCAACCAGCAGUUCACGGCAGAGAACCAGGGCGACGGUCUGUCCCUGAACCACAGCGGUCUGAGCUGCGGCAACGCGGACAAGAGCCAGUUCCCCUCCAACACCCAGGGGCCCCUGGGCCUGCAGGAUCCCGGCGACCACCAGCUCGUCAACAACCAGAACCAGAACUACAGCGGUGGGGACGGACGGCACAACGUGCCCAACAUCAUCCUCACUGGAGACUCUCCACCAGGUCUGUCCAAAGAAAUUGCCAGUGCUCUGUCCCACGUCCCCGGCUUCGAGAUGGACCCCUUCUCCCUGGACGACCAGCUCAGAAUGGACCCCCUGGCUCUGGACAUGCUGGACGGUGACCUGAUGCUCGCCGACCCGGCUGUGGAGGACUCCUUCCGAUCCGACCGGUUGAAGUGAUC